GCGGCCGCGCUGGUGCUGCUCUACUACGGCUUCUCCAUCGGCAUCACCUUCUACAACAAGUGGCUCAUGAAGAGCUUCCGCUUCCCGCUGUUCAUGACGCUGCUGCAUCUCCUGGUCAUCUUCGGGCUGGCGGCGCUGGCCCGCGCCCUGGCGCGCUGCUGCACCGGCCGCCCGCGGGCCGAGCUCUCCUGGGGCGACUACCUGCGCCGGGCGGCGCCCGCAGCUCUGUCAACUUCCUUGGAUAUUGGUCUGAGUAACUGGAGUUUCCUAUACGUUACUGUUUCCCUGUGA